GGGAGGGGAGGAGAGGAAGGGAAGGGACGGGAAGGGGGUGGCCGCGCCGGGCACAGCAUGGCUGCCAAGCCAAACAAUGGACUGGUGGCUCUAACCAAGAGAGCUGAUCCAGCCGAGUUGAAAACAAUAUUUUUGAAGUAUGCAAGUGUGGAGAAGAAUGGCGAGUUCUUCAUGUCUCCUAAUGACUUUGUCACACGGUACCUGAAGAUAAUUGGAGAUGGUUUGCCUAAUGCAAGCACUGUGCAGCUCCUUGCAGGGGUGGUGGAUCAGACAAAAGAUGGGUUGAUAUCCUUCCAAGAGUUCGUGGCAUUUGAAUCAGUCCUGUGUGCUCCAGAUGCAUUGUUCAUAGUAGCCUUUCAGCUGUUUGACAAGACUGGCAAAGGAGAAGUUACUUUUGAGGAUGCUAAGCAAGUUUUUGGCCAGACCACGAUUCAUCAGCACAUUCCUUUCAACUGGAAUUCAGAGUUCGUCCAGCUGCACUUUGGGAAGGACAGGAAAAGGCACCUAACAUACCCAGAGUUCACCCAGUUUUUACUGGAGAUACAGUUAGAACAUGCAAAACAAGCUUUUGUGCAGAGAGACAAUGCUCAGUCUGGCAGAGUCACAGCGAUGGACUUCAGGGACAUUAUGGUCACUAUCCGCCCACACAUGCUGACUCCAUUUGUAGAAGAAUGUCUAGUUGCUGCUGCUGGAGGUACCACUUCCCAUCAGGUCAGCUUUUCCUAUUUUAAUGGAUUUAAUUCUCUCCUUAACAACAUGGAGCUCAUUAGGAAGAUCUACAGUACUCUGGCUGGAAACAGAAAAGACGUGGAAGUCACUAAGGAGGAGUUUGUCCUGGCAGCUCAGAAAUUUGGUCAGGUUACGCCCAUGGAAGUUGACAUCUUGUUUCAGUUAGCAGAUCUGUAUGAGCCACGAGGGCGCAUGACGUUAGCGGACAUUGAAAGAAUUGCUCCUCUGGAGGAGGGGACAUUGCCCUACAACCUGGCUGAGGCUCAGAGGCAGAAAUCUCCAGGAGAUGUGUCUCGACCUGUCCUCAUCCAGAUUGCAGAAUCAGCCUACAGGUUUGCCCUUGGUUCAGUUGCUGGAGCUGUUGGAGCCACUGCAGUGUACCCCAUCGACCUGGUCAAAACUCGGAUGCAGAACCAGCGCUCUACAGGCUCCUUUGUGGGAGAGCUGAUGUACAAAAACAGCUUUGACUGCUUCAAGAAAGUGCUGCGCUACGAAGGCUUCUUUGGGCUUUAUAGAGGUCUGUUACCACAGCUGUUAGGAGUAGCACCAGAGAAGGCCAUAAAACUUACUGUUAAUGAUUUUGUGAGAGAUAAGUUUAUGACUAAAGAUGGCUCUGUCCCACUGGCUGCAGAAAUUCUUGCUGGCGGCUGCGCUGGUGGUUCUCAAGUGAUCUUCACCAAUCCACUGGAAAUUGUCAAGAUUCGCCUGCAGGUGGCUGGAGAAAUCACCACAGGCCCACGAGUCAGUGCCCUCACUGUGCUGCGGGACCUGGGCUUCUUUGGGCUCUACAAGGGUGCCAAGGCCUGUUUCCUGCGGGACAUCCCCUUCUCAGCCAUCUACUUCCCCUGCUACGCGCACCUGAAAGCUUCCUUUGCCAACGAGGACGGGAGGGUGAGCCCUGGAAAUCUGCUCUUGGCUGGCUCCAUCGCUGGCAUGCCUGCAGCCUCUCUGGUGACCCCUGCAGAUGUCAUCAAAACAAGGCUCCAGGUGGCAGCCCGGGCAGGCCAGACCACCUACAGUGGUGUUGUAGACUGCUUUGCCAAGAUCCUUCGAGAGGAAGGUCCGAAGGCCCUGUGGAAGGGAGCAGGGGCCCGGGUGUUUCGGUCCUCCCCUCAGUUUGGUGUCACUCUGGUGACCUACGAGCUGCUGCAGCGCUGGUUCUACGUGGACUUCGGAGGAGUAAAACCAGCUGGAUCAGAGCCAGUCCCUAAAUCUAGGAUCACUCUCCCUGCUCCCAACCCUGACCACGUUGGUGGUUACAAAUUGGCAGUCGCCACUUUCGCAGGGAUCGAAAACAAGUUUGGACUUUACCUACCUCGGUUUAAGCCAUCACCACCUACCUCAAAGGCUGCUGCAGCAGUAGGACCCUAAGUUUCUCGCUGUAGGAUUUUUUGUGUGGUGUUAGUUGGGAAAGAGCCACUUUUCUAACUGGUUCCUACUGGUUUCCUUUAGCUUCUCAUCCUAGAGCAGUUUAGCUUCGUUUGAGUUUGGAAGGCAAAUCUUCACCCGCAGUGUAAUCGUUUCUGUCUUUGUGCUUCCUUAACCAGAUCACUGUGAAAUCCUUAGCAGUCAUGUUGAGUUUGGGGACCAUGAAUGUAUUUCUCCACGCCUGACCCCUUGCUCCCGGGGGGAAGACACUACUUUCACUUCUGCUGGCUGGGGAGGGCUGGGUGCAGGCUGUGAAGCAGAGCCUCUCGCAGCCCUUGCUUGGCUGCGGCUGGCCAGGGUGGACGUGGCACAGCCGCGGCCUCGGGCUCUGAACAGCCUGGUGAGCAAAUACCCCCUUGGUACCCACCCUUCCACCACCUACACGCACAAGCUCUGUUUCUGGAUUGUGUUCUGAAGCUUUUCUGUGGAAUGUGGGCAUGGGGUUGGGGUUGUUUUUUGGGGAGAGGGGUGGUGGGAGGUGGGGUAAUGGAAACCACAUUUCUAAAUGUUGGCCGUUGUGUUCCGUUCCGGGUAUCAAAAUGCUCCAGGAGAAAGUGUUAUUAUUGUCCAUAGUCUUUGCACUUUAUGGCAGAACUUUUGGCAUUCUCCACCCCUGCCCUGCAAGAAGGCAGCUCUCCUGCCUGGGUGCCUCCCCUGAGUUGCUGGUGUUUGGAAUUCAGUUUGUAAAUGCACCUCCCUAGUAGCAACCGCUGCUUGUCCAAGUAACAGCGCUAGGAAAUCAUGCACCGUCUCGAUGGUACCUGCCUUAACUGCUGGCUUCUCAUUGGCAAAUAGCUGGAUUCAGAUUCUCCUUUACUUCCUGCAGUCAGAAAGAAAAUAAACCCAACACCCAACCACCAACAACGUAAUAAAACCAACACAAUGAGAUUAAAAAUACUCUAAAAGAAAGAAAGAAAGAAAGGAAACAAAAAAAGAGACAAUUUUACUUACUUAAUUUCUCGGUGCCUUGCACAGUGUUUAGAACAAGAACAAAGUGAUGUAUUUAUGGAGCUAGAAAUAAACCUUUCCAACAGAA